AUGGCCAUCCCUCUCCAGUUGAAACAUGUUGAGGCCAAGCUCGGGAAGGCAGUGGAGACCGUGAAACAGCUGCUACAUGCGGAGAGAGUGCCGCAGCUAGCAGGACACGUCCACCACCAGUACGCGGACAAAUACUUGCUCGUGGAACGCGCCACGUGCUUGGCGGCAGCAUCACAGCUGAGCUGUCUUGGCGCUCUAGGGCUCACGAAUGAGCAUCUUCAAACGAUGCGCCGCUGGGCUGCUGCAGGAUCCUCCGUGUCGCUGCGCUUCAAGUCCAAGGAAGCUUGCAGCUUCACCAGGGAGGAGACCCGAGAGGAGGAAGAUCCGAGGAAGCACGUGGAAGAGACGAGCAUUGGUGGCGUGCUACGGAGUACUGUGACCAGCAAGGUCGUGACGACGAUCACCGAGUAUUUCUGGAAGUUUGAGGCCAACUAUGUGCUGGAGGCUUUCUGUGGAGUUGGCUCAGACUCUGCCGAUCGGCUGGUCCUUGUAAGCCACACCGGGGCCGUGGAGUUGAAGACCACAACGAAGGCUCCUGCACCAUACCCCGAAGCCAGGGUUCCCGCCAUCAACCAGGAGGUCAACAUCACUUGGCUGAUCAACACCUUGAGUGAAGACCAGGUCGCCCCUCAGUUCCAAGUCAAUCGGACUGUCCCGGGCUGCAAAACUCCUCGUCGAAACCCGGAGACAGACAGGGCUGCUGAGCACUUCAACUCCUUUACAGAUUGGACGCAGUAUGUCGCUGAAUACUUUCAUCACCUUCGAACAGUACAGCCGCGAAAAGCUGAUGAAAGCGCGUUCUCGGCCGAGUCUGUCUUUGUGCCAGUGCUUCCGCUGAUGUUCGACAGCAAUGUCGAAAACGCAGAGCCAGAAGAACCUCCUUCAGGGCUUUUCGCCGUGCUACGGUCGAGCCAGCCAGCGCAAGGUCCAGUCUUUUCCAUUGGAGAUGGGAACCGCUUCCUGGCAGAGGAGCUCAGAUGUCUCAAGGAGCAUCGGAACAAUGCCAACCUUGCCUUCCCAGGAGAUGAUGGACUCAUACGGGCAGUUGAAAUUCACGCAGUGGUCACCCUGCUUCACUGCCGCAAUGUGUGCGAUGCGUGGAAGAGAUCUCUGGACUAUGUGGAAGGUAUGCUCCGACAGCAGCUUGUGGCAGCGAUUGGUAAAGAGAUUGGUGCAGCUGAUUUUGCUGCCUACAUGCAGUUUCAUUACCGGAAAUUGUUCCUCGAGCAGUACCAGCCCAAGCAGUUUUGCUUUUCGGUGAGGCGCUCCGAGAAGCAUUCCCCGGAAGGAACUGUCAGCAUAGAUGAGGAAGCCAUCGGCAUCGUAGAUGGAGGCAGCAUUCGGUCACCCAUUGUCGCGAUCUCGCAGUGUAGCAGCCAGCCUGUGGCCAUGUCUUUUGACCUAAGCGCCUCUACGACAGUGACUUUUUCGGGACCAGUUCACCUGCAUGGAUGGCUUUCCCACAGCUUUUCCGGGCAAAGUGGAAGCAACCUCUUCCUCACUUCCAGGGCAAGGCAAUUCAGCUCCAUGGUGGUGUUGGUUGGCAGGGUGACCUCCGCCACCACCUUCGAUCCAACCUAUGCGGCCAUUGUGCAGAACAAAGAUGAGCUCACCAUACCACUGGAGCUGUCCGUCAUUCCAACACCGAAGGAGUUCAAGGAUGCGAUCGCUUCCCUCUCACCCUCGCAGCAGGCGUUUGCGAAAGCCUUCCGUGCGAUGCAGCUUGAAAGCACCCUUUUCGGAGUUACCGUAGUCCAGAUCAAGCCGCAGCUGGAAAAACUUUUAAAUUUGGCAGAGGACAGCCUCACGAAGGAGAUCAAGCUGACUCAAGACCUCUUGGAACUGUUUCUGAAGUACCAGAUACCAAGUGACCUUCUCUCCUUCGACGGCGGAGCCGACAGCGCAUCUCCAGGUCCAGGCACCUUUGCACCUCCGGCACGGUCCGGGGAGCGCGUGGCGGCUGUCCGGGGCCAUGUCAAGGCGAUGUUCGACAUGAUCGAGCAGGAGAAGCGCAGAGAGAUUGAGGAGCGUCGCCGGGAGGAAGAAUAUCUACGUCCGCAAUUGAUGGAAAUCCAGUGCGAGGAGGACGUUAUGGAGAGAAGUAUGUGCGCUUUCGACGACUUCCAGGAAGAAAGGAAGGACGCCGAAGCAGGCCUGAAGACCAAGGUGAAGAAGAAAAGGGCGAAGCAGAAAGACGCCAGGGCGAGUGCGAGCGAAGUCGUGCUGGAGAUCACGGCAGACUCCGUUUCUAGACCACAGGAAGAAGCUUCCGAGUCGCAAGCGCCGAAGGAGGGCUCCGAGCAGCCCCACGAGAACCAAGGAGCCGCAGCUGCAUCGAACGACGGGGCAACGAGAGACUUCACGCAGGUUCCACAGGAGCUAGACGAAAGGUUUGAGAAGCUGGACCCUGACAGCGCACUGCGGCCGACAAUCAUCACCCCAGGAAGCCUAUGGAGCAAAAGGGCACAAAAGUCUUUGCUGUCGCCGCCUACCACUUUCAGCCUCUCCAGUGACGACCAGAAGCGCGAGAAGGACGCAGCUUUCGAUUUGUUGGAUGCCAUCACGAAAUCCGGAGCUAUUGAGCUCAGUGAUGCCACUCUUCACAUAGUCGUCGCAGCGACGCAUUGUUUUACGAAGACCGUCAUGGACUGUGCAGUUCAGGACAAUGUCAACCCUGUCGAAAGAGUGGAACGCUCCGCCUUGAUCAUGGCAUCCACUAUCCAUCAGCAACCCGUCAAAGAGCUGGUCAAUCCGAGCAAUGUUCCGCGACUCAGCGCAGCCUCGCCACAGAUGUUCCUCGAAGAUGGACACUGUGCCGAGCUCCUCAGAAAGCCCUGUCGCGCCUCUCCACGCGAUCAGGAGGGGCUGCUUGCAACGCUGGCCCUGACAGCUUCAGAUUGGCACGCUGACGUGCGGAAGCCCUCCUUGACGACGCUUUGCAGUGUGGCAGAGGCCACCAAGGGCAGAGGCAAUCUCGGUCGGGCAGCGGUCGCUGCUUUGGCUCCCAAAGCCUGUGAAGGAGUUGCAGAAGCUGCAGCAUGCCUGAAGAAGCUUGGCAUCUGCAGCUGA